CAAAAAUAAUCGAACAACACACAUACACGCAGGCACGCACGGACGGGAGAAAGGCGCUCCGUGCAGCAGAGAAAAAAAGUGUACGGAACAACGGGUUCGGGCUAGUUCUGAAGGACGGGUACACUUUUUACCCUUCUGCUGUGCUAAAUCGUCGACUAAAUACCUUCAAUCUGUGCAGUUCUCGUUCCCGUGCUAACGUGAUAAUUCAACGCAUUUUGGUGUGGUGAUUGUUGCCCACUGUGAUAGGAGUUUUUACCAUCAGCCCCAGUGGCCAACAACACAUCAAGAGGGAAAACAUCAUCACUACCACCACCAUCAUCAUCAUCAUCAUUAAAACAAGGGCAACUCCGAAACGGCAGCCCUUUUGCGAGAUUCGUUAGUUUUAUUGUUUUUGUGCGCUGAGUGCAAUUGCUUUCACGGCCACCGACACCACCACCACCACCAGCGCAGCAGCUAAAACAUGUCGAUGUGUUCCGUUUCCUGAUAGUACGUGUUAGUGCAGCGGGAGUGUGUGCGAGGCAAAAGAUACACUAAAUGAGAGCAAGAUGAUGUGCACAUGAUGACGAUACGAAGCUAUGCUGGCCAGUGGUUGCUGUGUUUGGACGGUGCAAGAAUCAAUCAUCGGUGCACCAGCGACGGGGGUGGGGGGGCUAGUGUGUUCGAAGGAUCGUUCGUGCGGUGAAGGUAGCAGGAACUAGAACAAAAGCAGCAAUAGAAAGUGGAGCGCAACAACAACAGGCCGAAAGGGUCUUGCUUAACAUUGCUUCAUCUCGCGAGCGAUGCAUAGCAGCAGCUUCUAACGGUGUUAGAAGUGAACAGCGAGCAGCUAAGCAAACACCCUCAAACCAUCACGUUACACCAACACCUCAGCUCCACGUACGCGAAUUCCCGUUCCGUCAUCACGGGGGGCGCAACCGGGCGCAGUGAAAAUAAACCACCCCUGAAACGGUAUUCUGGUUCGCGUUGCAUUCCCGGGCAAACCCGAAUAAGGCGAGUUGGUCAAGAAGAUUGCGUGGCACGUCGUCGAGCCUGCGGUUGCCCGAGCAACCACAACACCACUUGAUUGCGGUAGGAAGAGCGAAACGACAGGAAGUGGCCCUAAGGAAGUGUUUACACAGUUAAAGCGGUGUAUUUAGUAACGACCAAAAUGCGGACAGUUAUAAACGCUCGGGGUGGUGGGACAGCCUCGACCGGCCAUCGACCGAUCCACGAGCUGCUCACCUUCAUCGCGAUGCUAACGGCGGUGGUGCUGGGGUGGGCCACCCUUGCAUUGGCGGAGCAGAUCCCAACCGUACCAACGCACAACAUGUCCAACAAGGAGCGAAACGAGCUUAAAGAGGAAGCCAGGGAAAUGUUCUACCACGCGUACCGGGCGUACAUGGACAAUGCCUACCCGGCGGAUGAGCUGAUGCCGCUGAGCUGCGCCGGCCGCUACCGUGGUGUCACGCCGUCCCGUGGCGACCUGGACGAUACGCUCGGGAACUUUUCCAUGACCUUGGUGGAUACGCUCGACACGCUGGUGGUGCUGGGCGAUCUGGAAGAGUUUGAGCACGCCGUCAAACUGGUGAUCAAGGAUGUAAAGUUCGAUAACGACAUCAUCGUGUCGGUAUUUGAAACCAACAUUCGCAUGAUCGGUGGCCUUCUGUCCGGACACAUUCUGGCGGAGUAUGUGCAGAAGCAGGCGGACGUGAUGACGUGGUAUCGUGGCGAACUGCUCGAGAUGGCAAAGGAUCUUGGCUACCGGUUACUGCCAGCAUUUAACACUUCCACGGGCAUACCCCACGCAAGGGUGAAUCUGAAGCACGGCAUGAAGGUGGAAGCGUUGCGCCACUCGCGCGAAACCUGCACCGCCUGUGCCGGCACGAUACUGCUGGAGUUUGCCGCCCUGUCCCGGCUGAGCGGGGAGCCGAUCUUCGAGGUGAAGGCACACGCGGCCAUGGAUGCGCUGUGGAAGAUGCGCCACCGCAGCUCCGAGCUGAUGGGCACGGUGCUGAACGUACAUUCCGGCGACUGGAUACGGCGCGAGUCGGGCGUCGGGGCCGGUAUCGAUUCCUACUACGAGUACUGCCUGAAGUCGUACAUACUGCUGGGCGACGAGCGCUACCUGGCCCGGUUCAACCGCCACUACCAUGCGAUCAUGAAGUACAUCAGCCAGGGACCGAUGCUGCUGGACGUGCAGAUGCAUCGGCCGCAUACGAAGACGCGCAACUUCAUGGACGCACUGCUUGCCUUUUGGCCCGGGCUGCAGGUACUGUCCGGUGAUUUGAAACCGGCGGUACAGACGCACGAGAUGCUUUAUCAGGUGAUGCAGAUGCACACGUUCAUUCCGGAGGCAUUUACGUUCGAUUUCCAGGUCCACUGGGGUCAGCAUCAUCUUCGUCCCGAGUUCAUUGAAUCCACGUACUUCCUAUACCGCGCCACGGGUGAUCACUAUUAUUUACAUGCGGGCAAAAAAGCACUGAAAGCACUGCAGAAACACGCACGAGUUCCUUGUGGCUAUGCCGCAGUUAACGACGUGCGCACGGGAAAGCACGAGGAUCGCAUGGACUCGUACGUGCUUUCCGAAACGUUCAAGUAUCUCUUCCUGCUGUUCUCGGAUCCGGCCGAUCUGAUACUCAACAUCGAAGACUUUAUCUUCACUACCGAAGCACAUCUGCUGCCACUGACGUUGGGCCAACUGGGGAACCAUACCUUCACUGGCGUACGCGACCAGGACGAGCAGGUGCACAUGCUCGACUACAUGCGAUCCUGCCCGAGCCCGAACAAGUUGUUUCCUGAAACAGUCCGGCGCCCACUCCGUGACCUCGUUACGGGAGUCUGUCCGCGCAUAUCGAGUGCCAAGCGACUUAGAGCGGCUGACUUUCAGGCAAGCAAUACGGAUCAUCUACGAACAGUUUAUGACAUGGGCAUUACGAUGGUUUCUCUAGGCGAGGGCAAGGUGCAGCUGCUGCACAGCUUCCACAAUGCCAAAUCGCCGGAGGAUGCCGAACGGGGGCUGAUUUUCAUGCAAGAGAUGGUGGAGCUCUCCAACUCCAACUCCAUUCCCAACACGCAGCUGCAGGCCGUCGCCUACAAGCGGGAGGGUGAGCGUGAGAUGCGCAUCCUCGAGGCCGGCCCCAGCCACUUCGGCAUGGAGCUGGUGAACGAUUUGGCCGUGGUGCAGCGGGCCGUCUUUGCCAAGCCGGCAAAGGUUUGCUCGGCACUGAAAAAUGCGGAAGAAAUUCGAGGAAAGAUUGUAAUUAUCGAGCGAGGCGAGUGUACGUUUGUCGAUAAAGCGAGACGAGUGGAGUCGGCGGGAGCCGUGGCCGCAAUUGUGAUCGAUAAUACGCCAAACACGUCGAUCAACAAUCAGCAAAUGUUUGCCAUGUCGGGCGACGGGCGGGACGACGUGCUGAUCCCGGUAGUGUUCCUCUUCACCAAGGAAGCGGAACAGCUCAUCAAGGCGAUCAAAGAGCAGCCCUCCCUUGAGCUCACGCUAAUGUCCGUGACGGCGCUGAAGGAAAAGCUGGCCCGCGCAAGCACAACGAAGACUGACACGAAAAGUAGUGACUCAAAAGUGACGCCAUAGUAGUAGCGGUGCCGAGUAGAGCCCGAGUUGCUAGUGUGUAGCCGUGAACGAUAUUGCCGCCGAUCAGGGAAGUAGGGAGACGUAAAAAAAAAGGGAAAGUAGGUGGUCGUCCCUCGGGAGUGUUCUUCAUGCAGCGUUCCACCCGGAUUCGGUAACACUUGAUCCGCGCAAAUCCUCCUCUCACAUCUGUAUUCCGAUGUGACCGACGCACGACGACCGACGCCCGGGUUAGAUAGUAAUGAAUUGAUUAGCAAAAUGUCGCACUGGGGGGAAAGUGGUACUGUUGUUGGGUGGUCGUAGAGAAAAGAGGGAAUGUCGCCUUUUCCUGGCGGGAGUAAGAGAGUGGCACCGAAAGACGUGCAAAACAAACGUCCUUUCGGUGUGUUUG